UAGGGUCUAAUCGCAUCAAACCAAUUUAAUUUUCAUACGUGCCUCGAUGAUGAGUAACAAUGUGUAAACUUGAGCUUAUCGCCGGCAAUGUUUUUACGUGACGUAUAGGUCACAUCAACAUUUUUGCAAAAUUUCAGUAAUUUUUAUGGCUCGCCGGUUAACAUUUUCCUUAUAUUUUGUUAUAUAAUUUAAGAAAAUAUGCUUGCGGGUCGUGCGAUUUUAUUGAACUUGUUAUUGUUCGCAUGUUCUGUCAUCGGUAAUAAUCUUGAGGAAGAACAUGGUGUUAAGUAUGCGAAUAAAUGUGAAGUAUGCAAAGUUCUAGCGGUGGAACUUGAAGCUAGAUUAGACGAAACCGGAAAAACUCGUGAUGUAUUAGAGAUUGGAUAUUCAGUAGACGAUAUUGCACCAAAGAAGAAGAAAGAGUAUAGAAAAUCAGAAUUACGUCUGUUAGAAUCAAUGGAAAAUGUUUGUGAAAAGAUAUUGGAAUACAACAUACAUAAAGAGCGUACAGAUAGUACAAGAUUUGCGAAAGGCAUGAGUCAAACCUUCAGAACACUCCAUAAUCUUAAAGAUAAGGGAGUCAAAGUAGAAUUGGGCAUUCCAUACGAACUUUGGGACAAACCGUCUGUGGAAAUUACGACUCUAAAAACGCAGUGCGAAAAUUUGUUGGAGAAUCACGAAGGUGAUAUUGAAAACUGGUAUCACAAUCACCAGGGAAAAAUUCCUUUAAUUAGAUACUUGUGUUCAGAGCGUGCGUUGAAAGGAGAAAAUGAUUCUUGUCUGCACGAAAAAGGCGAUACUGGAAAUCUUGAAAAGAAGAAAAGAAAAAAGAAAACAGCAAGUGGUAAAGAAAAUACAAUAGAUGAGUCACAGAAUAAGGACGAGUUAUAAAACUGAAACCUUCGUCGUUCAACAGACUUCUGU